AAAAUGUGGAACGCUUCACGAUUUUGCGUGUCAUCCUUGCGCAGGGGCCAUGCUAAUCUUCUCUGUAUCGUUCCAAUUUUAGUAUAUGUACUGCCGAAGCAAGUACGCUGUGAAGUUUUUAUUUCUCAUAUAUAAAGGAAGUAAUGAAUUUUUGACCACUAGUGAGAAAGGAAUACUUAAUGUAGCCAUCUAGUGGCGUAUUUAUAUAAUAGUAAUAUAAUUUGAAGCUAUUAUAAAGAAAUAAUGCGAUUAACGGGAUGGAGAUAUGCAGCAUUUAUAGGUACAUUUGUAGGAACUGUAGGAAUAUUUUGUUAUUUUACAAUGAUAAGUCCUAUGAUUAAUCCAGAGCCAUAUAAAAGAAUUCGAGAACAAGUGGCACAAUCCCAUAGUAAAACUUACAAAAAUAGCAAAGAAAUAUAAAUAAGAAUAUGUAUAUUUGCAAAAUUACAAUUUUUACUAAGAAAAAACAAGUUAAAGAUAUAAAAUUAAUUUUUAUUAUAUAUUGAACAUAUGUUACUAAAAUGUUGAUGUAUAUAAAAUAGACUGAAGAAUAUUCAGUAUAUUAUAUUGAGAAAUCAAUAAAUGUAGUGACUUGUA